AUGGUCGGGGUAGAGGGUGCGCCGGUCCAAAAAUCAUCGGCGGCGGCCUUUGUCAAAAUUUUGACCGGUGGCGGCGUUUCCGGUUUCACGCCGAAUGCCAUUUCAACCAGCAGCGGCGGCGGCGUGAAUCGUUCUGCACCCCAGCCCCACUCAGCUGUUCCACCUGUUCCUCCCACUGUUCCCAGCCCACCCCCCACCCCACUCCACCUCCUGUCUGUUCCCACCACCACCCUGUUCACCCCCAGCCCAGCCCUGUUCACCCCACCCCCUGUUCAGUCCAGCCUCCAGUUCCAGCUCCCAGCCUGUUCCCACCUGUUCCACCUCCACCUCACCUCCCUGUUCCCCAGCCUGUUCCACCACCCACCCCACCCUCACCCAGUUCCUGUUCCCACCUGUUCAGCUCCCCCACCUCCACCUGUUCCAGCUCCCAAACUCCACCUGUUCCACCAGUCUCCUGUUCCACUCAGCACCCCUGUCUCCAGUUCCUGUUCUGUUCCCAGCCUGUUCCAGCUCCCACCUCACCUGAGUUCCUGUUCCAGCCCAGCUGUCCCACUCCCAGUUCAGCCUCACUUCACUGUCUCAGUCUCCCAGCCUGUUCCACCCACCAGCCUGUCUCACCUCAGCCCAGCCUGUUCCCAGCCUCACCCCACCAGCCCCACCAGCCUCAGUCCCAGCUCCCUGUUCACCUCCAGCCCCACUGUUCCAGCCCAGCUCCCACCCACCCCUGUUCUCUGUUCCCACUCCCACCCCCACCUCCACCACCUGUUCACUGUUCACCCCACCCCAGUUCCCUGUUCUGUUCCUGUUCCCCCAGCCCCUGUUCCCACCCCACCCCAGCUCCACCCUGUUCCUGUUCACCCUGUUCCCACCCCUGUUCCCUGUUCCACUCUGUUCCUGUUCCACCUCUCCAGUUCCCCACUGUUCCAGCUCCCAACCAGCUUUGUUCCCCAGCUCCUGUUCACUCCCUGUUCCACCCUGUCUCCCAGUUCCUGUUCCACCCUGUCUCCAGCCACCAGUCUCAGCCCUGUCUGUCUCCUGUUCCCAGUUCCACCUGUUCCUGUUCCAGUUCCUGUUCACCUGUCUCCUCCCCUGUUCCCAGCCUCCCUGUUCCACCUCACCCCUGUUCCUGUUCCCAGCCAGCUCCCACCAGCCCCAGCCUAG